AGUUAUUAAUUCGCAAUGAGUAUAAGCAGACGUUAGAAACGGCAUAAAUAAUAUUUAUUUUAAAGAUUUGCACCGAUUGUUUAAUUAAAUACUUGCAGUAUGAAACGCUAUUAUCUUAUAUAUUACUUACUGAUACAAAUUAUGGCGCUGGCAGUAAAUGCUGAGAGCUACUAUUCAAUAAAUGCACCGGGUGUGAUAAAAUCUAAUCGUAAAUAUUCGGUUUUUGCUGCUCUCCAUGAGGCCAGUGGGCCAUCUUCACUACGUAUAACAAUUGAGGGGCCCAGUUAUAAAGAAUUCAAAGAUGUUGAUCUACAACCAUAUGAAUCGAAACUAAUACAUUUUUUGCCGAAAAAACUAUUACCUGGAAAUUACAAAUUAAUAACCGAGGGUUUAUCUGGAUUGAUUUUUAAAAACGAAAGUCGUUUAAACGCUUAUCCAGAGUAUGGUCCAAAAGUUUACAUACAGACUGAUAAGGCCAUCUAUAAACCUCAGGAUUUGGUUAAAUUUCGUGUUGUAAUAUUGGAUGAACAUACGAGACCAUUAAAUACUGAAGAACCUAUAGAUGUGGAAAUUUUAGAUAAAGAUACAAAUCGUGUUAAACUUUUUAAUAAUAUAUCUCUUACAAAAGGCGUUUACACUGGACAAUUUCAAUUGUCCAAAUAUCCCGUAUUAGGAAGAUGGAAAAUUAAAGCUGUUUUAGGCGGAAGCUAUGCCUAUUCGCAUGAAAAAAACAUUAAGAUACUUGACUAUACUUUACCAAAAUUCAGUAUAUAUAUAAAAACUCCUUCAUAUAUUGUUCUGGAGGAUGGCUACGUUAAGGUUGUGAUAUUUGGAAAAUAUACAUUUGGUAAACAUGUUGAAGGCAAUGCCACUAUUGAAUUAUGGAAUGAUUAUACUGGAGAUCUCCUUCAAACCCAACAUGUUGAUAUAGAAAGUUUAGGUUUCGUCGAAUUUAAUUUUAAGAACAAAGUGAGCAUUGAAAAAGCUUACAGUGUAACGGUCAAAGCAAAGCUAACCGAUAAGUAUACGAACAGAACAGUAGAAGAACACCAAAGAAUAGAAUUAAAAAGGCAACGUUAUAAUUUGGUGAUUCCAUACGAUCAAAUAGAAUUCGAAAAUAAUAAACCAUAUCGUCUAAAUGUUUAUGUGAAACACUGGACUGGAGCUGCUGUUUUAGAUCACAAAACCCCUGUUACCAUGGAACAUGGCAGUAAAAUAUAUGAAUCGUUUUUGGAUGAAAAUGGUGUAGCAGCAUUCGAAUUUGAACACGAACCAAAUUCAAAACAUAAUUUUAAAUUUAAAGAUUCCAAAGGAAUGUUAGCUAAUAUUUACACAAGCAAUAAUUUAAUGUUGAACAAUAGAGAAUUUUAUUGUCGACUCAAAUUGCUAGAUAAAAAACUAAAAUUCGGAAAACCCGUUCAAAUUGAAGUCAGUUCGAUUGUCAACAUUCCUUACUUGAUGUACACGUUAAUGGGCCAUGCUAGUCUUAUACAUACGGAGCAUAUUAAAGUUCCGCCAAAUCAAAAAUCUCAUACUAUAACCAUAACACCCUCAAUUGAAAUGAUACCCAGGUCCUAUAUUUAUGUCUAUUAUAUUCACAAGGGAAAUUUACGUUAUGAGGAAAUGAUUUUAAGUUUUCCACAUGAAUUCGAAAAUCAGAUCUCUAUGUCGGCACCCAAACAAGUAAAACCUGGUGAAGAGGUCACUAUUGCUUUGAAAGCUCAACCUCAGUCUUACGUCAGUAUAUUAGCUGUGGAUUUGGGUGUAUAUUUAUUAGAUAGUUCAUAUGAUUUAAAUGGACAAGAGAUUAUGUCUGACUUAUAUGAGGAAACGUCAUAUUCUCCCAUAGCGGCAACUGUAUAUCCCGGCCUAACAUCUGGUUUGUUAACCUUAACCAAUGCUCAUUAUCGAUUCGAAUAUGUACCAGGUUCUAACCACGCUUAUCCAGCUUUUGUAGAUCGACCUCGUUUUCGUCAAAAAUUCCCAGAAACUUGGAUAUUUGACAACUAUAGAAUCAAUGAAACUGACACCAAAUUAACACUUCGUCUACCAGACACCAUAACCACCUGGCGUAUAACGGCAUUUUCAAAUCACGAUAUAACUGGUUUUGGCAUUGCGAAUGGACCCACAGAUAUCACUACCAUACAAGCAUUCUACAUAUCAUUAAAUCUGCCAAAUUCAGUGAAACGUGGAGAAAUUUUGAUUAUACCCGUAACGAUAUUCAAUUAUUCCAACCAGACACUAGAUACAGAAGUAGUUUUCUAUAAUAAUGAUGGGGAGUUCGAUUUUAUGGAAUCAUCAAUAGAAGGAGUAAAGAAAUCAACUGAUGAUCAACAACAAAAUAAACGUAUUACAGUACCAGCGGAAAAAGCAAAGACAUUGAAAUUUCAUAUAUAUCCAGUAAAAACGGGUGAAAUAAGUUUAAAAGUUUCUGCUUCCAGUUCCACGUAUUCGGAUGCUGUUUUACAGAAACUUAAGGUUGAACCAGAAGGUGUGCCCAAAGAACAAAAUCAAGCUUUAUAUUUAAGUAUUCCGGCAGGAGAGCAAAUAUCAUCAUCAUUUAGUAUCCAAGAGCCCGUAGAUAGUGUACCCGAUUCUGACUUUUUAACAUUUUCUGUAGGUGGUCAUUAUUUAGUACCAACAGUGGAUAAUUUCAAUGAUCUAAUACAAAUGCCUACCGGUUGUGGUGACCAAAAUAUGGUGAACUUUGCACCCGGAGUCUUAAUUUUGCAAUAUCUUAAAGCAAAUGGCAAGUUUUCUAAAGAGAAAGGUUUGGUUGAAAGUCUGCGUUCAUCAAUUGAAGUUGCUUACCAGCAACAAUUGUCGUUUCGUCAUGGAAAUGGUGGUUACAGUGUUUUUGGCAUGGGAACCGAUGAGGAGCCCAGUACUUGGCUUACCGCCUAUGUGGUUCGUUAUUUUAUUAAAGCUGCUCCAUUUAUAUCAAUUGAAACAAAAAUAAUUGAAUCUGCUUUGGAGUAUUUGUCCAGUCAGCAAAAAUCCAAUGGGGAAUUUCCUUAUACGGGUUAUUUGUUAAAUCCAAAACAUAAAAAUGCAUAUGGACUUACAGCUUUCAUACUUUUGGCGUUUUUGGAAAAUGAAAAAUACUCCAAACAAUAUCAAGAUACUAUACAAAAUGGAGUAGAAUUUCUAAAUUCAGAUUUUAACAAUACUAAUGACAUUUAUGUAUUGUCAUUGAUAGCAACUGCUAUUAAACGAGCUAAGGACCUCAAAGCCACGCCAUUAAUAAACAAACUAAAUCUGCUUUGUAAGGAACUUAAUGGUCUCAAGUGGUGGUCGGCAAAUGAUGAAAAUCUGGCCAAUGAUAUUGAAAUUACAGCAUACUCUGCAAUAGCACUACUUGAAACCCCCGGAGAUCACACUUCCAUCCUAAGGUGGCUAAUAGAACAACGAAAUGCUAAAGGAGGCUUUAUAUCUUCCUAUGAUACUGUGGUUGGCAUGGAAGCUUUAGUGAAAUUUUCGGAAAUAUAUAAAGACCUUAAUAAUACGAGUUUAAAAAUUUCCUAUAGUGCAAAAGAUUUGCAAGGUAUUGAACUUGCAAAUGAUGAAUUUCAUGUACAUUCUAAAAAUAUUUUAGAUUUUCAAAAACUUGAGUUACCAAAAACAACACGCCACAUUACUUUCGAUAUUAAGGGCACUGGCACAUCUUUGGUACAACUCAAUCAACAAUACAACAUUGUUGAUGAGCAGGAAUUUCGUCACUUUAAUAUUGAACCCAAGACAAUGUUUAAGAAUGAUGGAGAAAUUAAUUUGGAAAUUUGUUUCAUGUACCAAGACGAUUCGAAUAUGACCAAUGAAGCCACUAAUAUGAUAAUAAUGGAAGCAAAUUUACCUUCUGGCUUUAAAUCUGAACCGGUAGAAAGUAUGUUGCUGAAAGAGAAUAAACUUAUACACAUAAUUGAGUCUAAAAACUCUGAAUCUACGAUAAUUUUAUAUUUGGAUAAAUUGGAGUCAAACAAAAAACAUUGCAUUGAAAUUUCGGCUGAUAAGACGAGUGAAAUAUUAAAGCCGAAACCGGCAGCUAUUAUAAUGUACGAUUAUUACAACUUGAGUCGUUCGAAUACAAAAUUUUAUAGUUUAUAAAAGAUUUAGUUUUAAUUAAUUUUGUUAGUGAUGGUCAUUUAGUUUUCUCAAUUCUUCGAAUUUUGCGUCCAAUAUCAUUGCUAUUA